CAAUACAUCUCUGAUUAACAAUUCUAUAGUUAGUAAUACUACCAAGACCAAUCUAUCUAGACUGAGUACACCAACUAAGCAAAUCACUUCAACACUAAACCUACUAGCUAUCUCUAAUACCACUACUACAAUUGCUACAUCUAGCACCAACAUUAAUCAUAAAACAAUAUUUUUUUAUUGGUUACUGCUCCAAACAAGACCACCAAAGCAGUAUCUGGAAGCAUGA